AUGGCAGGUUUUUGUGUCGCAAAGUCCCAAUUUCCUCUUCUAACCCACAGCGAUACUCUGCAGCGUUAUGGAGCAGGAGCUGGAGGUACCAGGAACAUUUCCGGCACUAGCCGAUUCCACGUGGCUCUGGAGGAGGAAUUGGCCAGCUUGCACAACAAAGAUGCCGCUCUUCUAUUUACCUCCUGUUUUGUGGCCAAUGACUCUACCCUCUUCACGCUUGCCCGCAUGAUGCCAGGGUGUGAAAUCUACUCCGAUGCUGGGAAUCAUGCAUCCAUGAUCCUGGGCAUCCGAAACAGCGGCGUUCCAAAGUAUGUGUUUCGGCAUAAUGAUCCAGACCAUUUGGAGGAGCUUCUUCGCAAGGCCAAACCCAGCACCCCAAAGAUUGUUGCCUUUGAAACUGUGCAUUCGAUGGACGGUGCCAUCUGCCCCCUGGAAGAGAUGUGCGAUGUGGCCCACCGCUAUGGGGCCAUCACUUUUGUGGAUGAGGUCCAUGCUGUGGGACUCUAUGGGGCCCAGGGAGCCGGCAUUGGGGAACGUGACGGAGUGAUGGGCAAAAUAGACAUCGUGUCUGGAACUCUGGGAAAGGCCUUCGGCUGCGUGGGUGGCUAUGUUGCAAGCACCACGUCCCUCAUUGACACGGUGCGCUCCUAUGCAGCCGGAUUCAUUUUCACCACUUCGCUGCCCCCCAUGGUGUUGGCUGGGGCGCUGGAAUCUGUUCGGAUCCUGAAGAGUCCCGAGGGGCAGGUGCUGCGCCGUGCCCACCAGCGCAACGUCAAGCACAUGCGCCAGUUGCUCAUGGAUGCCGGGCUGCCUGUGGUCAGCUGCCCAAGUCACAUCAUACCCAUACGGGUUGGAGAUGCAGCCGUGAACACCCAGCUUUGUGAUCUGCUCCUCUCAGAGUACAACAUCUAUGUCCAGGCCAUCAAUUAUCCUACUGUGCCCCGGGGGGAGGAACUGCUGCGGCUGGCCCCCUCGCCUCACCACACCCCACCCAUGAUGGACUACUUUGUGG